AUGGGCGUUGACCCCAACGUGAUUCUGGCUACCUCGCAUGGUAGACGGAGUAUAGAUGUGUUGAGAAUUUAUGAUCCGGCACGAGCGAAUAUAGAAUAUAUUAGCGAAAUGGAAGGACGCAUUCCGAAGGAGUUCGGUCAAGACGCGGUUGAGAUAACAGGCGCUCGCAAGCUUCUUGCCAGCUUGGAUUCCAGCGACGCUCCAUGGGCUGUGGUUACUAGCGGUACGAGACCUCUGGUGAACGGAUGGCUAGAAGUGCUCAAACUGGCUGAACCCAAGAGGAUGGUUACUGCAGAGGACGUCGAUAAUGGCAAGCCGGAUCCUGCUUGUUACCUGCUUGGCCGAUCGAGGUUAGAAUUGGACAACGAAACAGACCUUAUUGUGGUUGAAGACGCUCCUGCUGGUAUCAGGGCUGGAAAGGCUGCAGGAUUCAGAGUCAUUGGCCUCACCACAACCCACACCCUGGAACAAGUGAAAGAAGCAGGCGCAGACUGGAUCUUACAGGACCUCAGCAGCGUCGUCAUGAAGACUUACCAGGAAAAGAGGAUUGAGAUUGAGGUGAGAAAUGUUCUGACACGAUGA